AGAGAAUGUAAAUAAAGCCAUCCACAUUCUCCAUCUCAUCUUAUAUAGAAACGAACCCUAUUCUUCUUUCCUUGCAUCCAUUAAUUUGUUCUUGAUUCUCUAUCUCUUUUCAGCUAACUUAUUAAAAGAUAUAUAGAAAACAAGAGAGAAAUAAGAACAAGAAUAUAGUGAGAGAUGGAAAGAAUGUUCCCUGCAAAAAAGCCCUCAACAAUGAUGAAUUCUCAUGAUAGAUCCAUGUGUGUUCAAGGUGAUUCAGGCCUUGUCCUCACUACCGAUCCAAAACCACGGCUUCGAUGGACAGUCGAACUCCAUGAACGCUUCGUCGAUGCUGUUGCUCAACUUGGAGGGCCUGAUAAAGCUACUCCUAAAACAAUCAUGAGGGUUAUGGGUGUGAAGGGUCUUACUCUUUACCACCUCAAGAGUCAUCUUCAGAAAUUUAGACUUGGAAAGCAACCCCACAAGGAAUUCAAUGAGCAAUCUAUUAAGGAUGGUAUGAGAGUUUCGGCUUUUGAACUGCAACGAAAUAGUGGCAACUCAUCUUCUAUGACUGGCCGCAACAUGAAUGAGAUGCAAAUGGAGGUGCAUAGAAGAUUGCAUGAACAACUAGAGGUUCAAAAGCACCUUCAAUUGAGGAUUGAGGCUCAAGGAAAAUACAUGCAAAACAUAUUGGAGAAAGCAUAUAACACACUUGCAGGAGAAAACAUGGCAGCUGCAUCAGCUACAAAUUUCAAGGGUAUUGGAACUCAAGGAAUCCCUAACAUGAAAGAUUUUGUUUCUCCUCUUAAUAAUUUUCCUCAUUUUCAAGACCUUAACAUUUGUGGUAGUGAUGAUGAACAGCUUGAGAGGCCAACCAUUGAUGGAUUUAUGCCAAAUAUUAGUAAUGAAAAUUUGUUUGUUGAAAGGAAAAUAACUAAUAACCCUUUUAAUGGAAGUGGAAAAGGUCCAUUAAUUUGGAAUGAUAAUAAUGAUCUUAGGCUUCAUGAUUUGGGAACAACUUCAUCAUGCAUUAGUCCUCAAGAUGUUCCUAAUUUCAAAGGUGAUGAUGACUCAUUGGAUAGAGGUGAUAUUGAAAGUGAUCCUAUUGUUGAGAUUCAUUAUGAUACAAAGUUGAGUGAAAAGAAAUUUGAUGCAUCUAUGAAGCUUGGAAUAACAACACCUAUGAUCAAUGCUGUGGCAGCUGGUAGAAGCUCAUCACCAUUUUCUUGAGAAUAUUGAUUAUAAUUUUCUUAUGUAACUUACUUUAAUAUAUAGAUUAGACUAGAGGAUAUAUAUUUUUGAGUUUUGGUCAUAGAAAUCAAUAGUUUAUACGAGGGUCAUUUUGUUUAUGGUAUAUCAAUGUCAUUGCAUGACAUAUACCAGAAAAGUCUUAUUAUAACUCUAAUCUUUUUUUUUUUUUUGGUUGCUUGAAUUACAAAUGCUUAUUAGCUAGUGUUAAUUCCAAUCUAAUGUAUUCAAACUUGAACAAUAAAAUAUUAUUUAUCUUU